GGCUCGGCUUGGGCCGGCCUGCCUGCGGGCGGGCGGCCUGGCGGCCCGGCUUGGCUUGCAGGCCGGCCUGGUUCGGCCCGUGUUAGAGGGGCGGGGGGCGGUUGGGAGAACCCUAACCCGCCUCCCCCUGGAAACCGCCGCUGCCUCUUUGGGGGCGCCACCCCUUGGCCCUGCUGUCGCCGCCGACACGGCCUGCGCCGCCACGGCUUGCGCGCCGGCGUGCGCCGCUCGCUGCGCCGAAGGGUGCCACCGCGGGGGCCGCCGUGUGCCGGAGGGCGCCGCGCCCAGUGCCGCCAUCUCCUGGGGGUGCGCCGCCGCCGCCCAUGUGUGCCGGCCUUGAUGGCCGCCGGCCUCAGUCCGCGAUGCGGGCCACUGGGCGAGGGGAUUGGUGGUCAAGGAAGUGCCGGUCGCCGUGGCGACGAUGCGGCUAUGGAGGAUCCGCCCACAGUGAUGGGCUCCGGUGUGCGCCCCUCCUCGCCUUCCCCUCUUCUCAUCUCACCGGUCCCAUGCGCGCCGGCGUUGCCGGCCGCCGGGGGAGGGGUGGUGGCAGCCGAUGGUGGUGCCGCGGGCGUUACCGCGCGCAGUGGGGUGGCGGGUGCCGAGGGCGUCGAGGGAUCAGGCCGCCGGCCUUGGUUCCGUGGUGGUGCCAGGCUUCUUCGUCGACGACGAGUUCUUUGAUGGUACUCCGGCAAGGUUGCAGGGACUCCGGCAAGAUCUCCGGCCAGGAAACUCCGUGCAGUAGCGUCGUUGCCCAGGAGCGAGAGUUCUCGUUCGGUCCCUUCAGGAAAACGGUGUCACAAGUGCGGUGCCGUCACUGGCGGCCUCAAGGCCGGCGCGCAGCUGCUCGGCCGACGUGCGGGCGGCCUGGAGCGACACCGGCGUGCGGCGGCUCGACUGCAAGCUCAAGCGCAUGAUUGAAGGUGGAGAUUGAUAGGCUUUUUUUCUCAUGAUUGAAUUGUUGUGAGCUAUUGUUGUUUGGAGGAAUGUGGACAAGAUUGAAUACAGUUAAGUUGAUGAUUGAUGCUGAUUUAAUUGUUGUAAUUGAACUGGGAAUUUGCUAGUGUUGUAAUUGAUUGGGGAAUUUGAGAAA